AUGAUUGCGGAACUUAUUGGAACCCCAAUAAGAGUUGAUCGAGCAACAGAGAUGGGGGCGAGAGGUAACUAUGCCCGUGUGAGCGUUGAAGUAGACCUGACAAAACCAUUGCUAGGGAAAUACAAGGUAGAAGGGAUCACCUAUCUUAUCCAAUAUGAAGGAUUGGAUGAAAUAUGUGGUGAGUGUGGACUAUAUGGAAAUCGAACAGAGAAAUGCCAUUGCCGCAUAAUGGAGGAGCAACCACCAAGCUCCACCGCGGAAUGCGUUCCGGAAACUCCAGUGGACUAG